AACUGGCAUUUGAACGGGCUUACUGUAUCGUUAAGUAGCCUUUUAAAUCAAGUUUGUCAACAAAUCCUGUAGGCUACAUUGCAGUGGCUGACGUUAUAGGCAUGUCUUAAGUUGGGUAUGAGUUUGUAAGAUCUGUAACACGAUUAUCACAAGCUGACUAGCACUAAGCUCUUCUCCACUCCGUUUUUCACAUAAAGUUCCGCCUGUGUCUGAUCAGUUGUCUUGUCUUGACGGGGAAGGGAUAUGAUGACACAAACGUUCCUGCUGACUCGCCGGUCUGACAGCCCCGAAAGCUCUGUGGAAGGUUACAGAUAGCUAGCUGGAGAGUUUUGGGUUCCAAGCCAGCAGCCAAAAGUUCAUGCAGCGGUUCAGCUAACUUCAAGAAACGUAGUGUAGGCUACAGUUAGUCUACCGUGGGAGCAGUGUUGAGCCGAGUAAGAACUUAAGCUGACAGACAGAAGUGCUAUGGCCACCGCCGAUCCUGUUCCCCAGGCACUGACGGGCUCAACAGUAGCCCUGCACACAGCAUUCUGGAGGAGGAUAUUUCCUCGGAGAGAUCCCAGUGGCCCUGGAAAAAUGAAAACCAUUGGCCAUAGAGGCAUCGACCAAACAGGAGAGACCACCUAUAAAAAGACGCCGUCCUCAGCCCUGAGGGGUGCCAUCCAGCUGGGCAUUGCCCACACGGUAGGCAGCCUGACCCAGAAGCCGGAGAGGGACGUGCUCAUGCAGGACUUUGAGGUGGUGGAAAGCAUCAUCUUUCCCAGUGAAGGCACCAAUUUGACCCCUGCUCACCACUACGUGGACUUCCGGUUUAAGACUUAUGCCCCCAUCGCCUUUCGCUACUUCAGGGAUAUGUAUGGCAUUCGCCCAGAUGACUACAUGUACUCCCUCUGUAACGAGCCCCUGAUUGAGUUGUCCAGCUCAGGAGCCAGCGGCUCCCUCUUCUAUGUCUCCAGUGAUGACGAGUUCAUCAUCAAAACUGUGCAGCAUAAGGAGGCAGAAUUCCUGCAGAAACUCCUGCCUGGAUACUUCCUGAACCUGAACCAGAACAGGCAUACCCUCCUCCCCAAGUUCUACGGACUCUAUUGCAUCCAGACGGGUGGCAAGAACAUCCGACUGGUGGUCAUGAACAACCUGCUGCCCCGUUCCAUCCCCAUGCACCUCAAGUUCGACCUGAAGGGCUCCACGUAUAAGCGCCAAGCGUCGUCGCGCGAGCGCACCAAAUUCUCGCCCACCUUCAAGGACCUGGACUUCCGUCAGGACCUUCCUGAGGGGCUCCUACUGGACGCUGACCACUACAACGCCCUCUGCAAGACCAUCCAGAGAGACUGCCUGCUGCUGCAGAGCUUCAAGAUCAUGGACUACAGCCUGCUGGUGGGCAUCCACCGGCUGGAGCAGGGCAGGGGCGACGAGGUGCCCGCGGCUGUGCCCGAACAGAAAAGAGCACAGGGCCAGAAGCCGCUCUACUGCACAGCCCUCGAGGCCAUCCAGUGCUCAGACCAGGGACACAACCACAUGGGUGGUAUUCCUGCGCAUUCCAAAGGGGAAAGGGUGCUCCUCUUCGUUGGAAUAAUUGACAUCCUGCAGUCAUACAGAUUCGUGAAGAAGCUGGAACAUUCUUGGAAGGCUCUUGUCCAUGACGGGGAUACGGUGUCGGUACACAGGCCAGGUUUUUAUGCCGACCGCUUCCAGAGGUUCAUGUGCAGCGCAGUCUUUAAGAGGAUCCCACGAGAAUUGAAAACGUCACCCUCUAGGAGGAGUCGCGCCGGUCCGCAGACCCUGCGGCGAGCCAACGUGGCGUCCACUGCCGUCCGUGCGCCCCCCAGCCAGUCCAACCCUCAGCCGCCCCCACCAUCCCAGCCACUUGACAGGGCCCAGAGCCAGGAGCCACAGCAGGCCUCUGCCCAGACCCCGGACCCCAUGGGAGGCCCCUCAGGCAUCCCCUCGGCCCCCAGCAAGGGCACUGACCGAGGCAGUGGCAUGCAGGCGGCCUGCCCGGACCUGCUCCUAAGGACCCCAGCCCAAGAUAACAUUACCAGCACCAGCUGUGCCACCACCACCGCUCCCCUCGCGCUGGAGGAGAGCCUGGAGCCUGUCCCGUGAGCAUAGUUGCAACAGGUUCCAAGAGAGCAAAGAACACCAUGGCAACCGAGGAUGUGUCCAACCUCCUUGUCCAAUCGCAGGGUGAGGGUGAGCCAAGGGUCAGCUGAAGGUGUUCCGUGGUGUUUGACUCCUGGUUUGUGAUGAAUGAAAGAAUGACGCCAUGAUGUAUCCACCUUUUUCAGGAACAAGAAACUCUGAAAGAAACUCUCUCUCUUUGCGCCUCCUCAUCUAAAGUGACAUUACCUGCAAGGAGGGCCCUGUUCAAAGCAUUGUGUUUGACAGGGGCCAAAAUGCCUGUGUGGACUUUGAAACUGGUAUUCCACAUAGUCUGAAAAAAAGCGUAUGGUGCAUAUUUGCAGAAAUAAGGAAAUGCCAGGCGCUGUUUUUGAAUUGUUUUCCCCAGAGGACAGAUUGAAAGGUCAGAGCAGUAAACUCAAAAGUACCUGGUCUGUGCUAAAGAAAUGUCAUGGUGGGAUCAGUGCCACUAGGGGGCAGCAUUGUGCAUCAGACCUUUUUAGUCUGUUGCAUCUCGCUAUUAUGAAAUACUCCUAAUGCUGUCGUCAAUAUUUUUUGUGUUGUUUUGUAAUUUGUUUGUUUUGAUAUUUAGUCUGCUGGUGAAAUUGGAGUUUGACCUUCAAGUAAAUGUUUUACUUUUAGAAAGAGAUAGCCAUGAUAGUGAGGUAACCGUUUCAGGAGGACUUUUUUUUUUUUAAGAAAAUGUGUGAAUUUGGCGUUUCUGAACAGCAUUAACCCUUUGAAAAGCCCUUCUGCCACUGCCUCUGCUGCACGUCAACACAAUGAGACAGAACACCAUAUCAUCAAAACCACAUCAAAACUGUGGCAUCAAAUCCAAACGCAGGCCGCCUGUGAGCCUAAGAGAUAAGCCAAGACACACACUACAUCUUUCAGCAAAAAAAAAGAUUCUGAUCCUCAUCUGACACUCAAGAGGAGCCGGGGAAACUGCUAAUGGACUUUCAUUGACAUAGCCGAAUAUGUUGCCAAAUCAAGUCUGCAGUAUGGACUCAGGUGGGGCUUUCUAUUCGCUGGACUGGGACUUAUUGGAGUUUACAAGGCAGUCAUGAGAAAAACGUAUUUAUGAAAAUGUGACAUUAUUGCAUGACCAGUCAUAUAUGUUUGUAAUGUGAUUUUUAAUACAAUGGUGUACUUUUGAAAAUAA